CUGCCCGGGAGGUUCUGCCGCAUCUGCCUGGCAGUGCCCGCCAUGUGGCAGAGUUCUGCCCAUACUUUAAGGAAGUAUCACGGUCACAUGAACGGCGUUCCCGGGUGGCAUUAUAAGUAUCAAGGCUCGACUUCUCGAGCAUUGUUCUUCGUUCUGACCUACACGCAGGAUAUGAGCUUUACGUCCAACUCACCAAAUUUUUGGCCAGUUGUCGGAUAUGAUGACCUUCACUUUAGAUUCAGUGCAGUGGCUUCUACAGCGAUCAUCUUCUACGACUACGGUCUUGUCUUCACUCGUGAAGUGGAACUGGUAUGGCGUCAACGCUGGAAGCUAACAACAAUUCUAUAUAUCAUUGCACGUUACUUGGGUCUUGCAAUUGCAAUAGUUCAGAUAUGGGGAGCGCCAGGCAUCUUGUUGAGCGAUACGGAGUGUGGCAUCGUUGGCCAAUCAUGGUCAUGGGGAAUGGUUGCCCUCGUGUGUACGAUGUAUGCGGUCAUGUCAAUUCGUGUUUUCGCCAUGUAUAGCCGAUCCAUGCGGAUGCGAAUAUUCCUGAUUAUUUGUUUUCUCGCCGCUAGCGCUUUCCGAGGAUUAACGGAUGGCCUAGCCCUCGUCCUUGCUUCAGGCCCAACAUCUGAAGAAUACGUACUUUCCGGGACGGGAGUCUGCACUACGUCCGUAGCCCCCAUGGUGCCCUUUCUUGACGGCAUCCCAAGUCUAUGCAUCGAGCUUCUAUUUCUCUUCCUUGCCGCACGGGUCCUCGUUGAGCAUUCCCGUGAGAUGCAGAGAGCACGUUUAGGCUGUAGAUUUGGUGAUGGUCAUGGCGACAGUCUUGCCAUCCUCAGGGACCAUGUACUGCAUUUUUCGUGUUAUGUCAUGUUGAGCGUCAUGCAGAUUGCUGCUAUAUCCACGAAAGGUGAUACCGACGGGAGUCGGUGGUAUAGAAGCGCUGUAAUAUCAUUCGUCACCAUCCAGCAGUGUGUCCUGGUUCCCCGACUGGUUAUCAGUACUCGAGAAUAUUUCUCUCGGAUCGAUUAUGAAUCGGACAGUGGCACAGAUCUCGGCGCUAUGACAUUCGCACAUACAUAUAACCUCGAUGUAAAUACGUCGGCUUGAUUCACAAGAGUCUAUGAUACCACCAUCCAAUUGAAUAUGCACGAACAUAAA